AUGGCUGACAGCAUCAUAGAUGCUUGCACACAGUUUGUGACUGAAAAAAUUCAAAUGAAAAACAAUUACCAUGACACUUACAUCCAGGAGAUCCUACACAUGACUGAUGAGCGGCUGCAGAACAGUCAGAGUGUUAAGAUAGACACUGAGUUUGAAGUUUCUCUAAAACAGCACAUCUGUGGAGUUGCAGCCAGACAGUUUCAGAAAAUGCAUGAAGAUUUCAUACGUGCUAAUGAUCCUUACAGAUGUCUGAAUCAAAACAAAGAAAAGUUUUGUGCUGAUUUCAAAGACGUGUUCCAUGAACGAGACCAGUGCCAGAAGAAGGCAGAAGAAUUCACAAGCCGCUGCUUGAGGCCUUCAGUCGAAGACUUUGUCAACCGUUCAUUGGGUCCUGAUAUCAUUGGUGAAAUGCGGGCACAGUUCCAGUUCAGCACACGAAUGUUCUUCCAGUAUUCAGUUUUACUGGAUUUGCUCUCAAAGGAUGACUUUGAAAACUAUAAGAGCUACAUUUGCUCAUAUGAGGUUUAUGUAAAGAAAUGGACACUCAAACAAAUAGAGGAACACUUUUCAAAAGGUGAUAAAGUUUUUGAGUUUGAGGAUCAACAUGUUCUGUCAAGUAUCAGCAGCAUAAAUGAUGCUAUCAACAAAGCUUUAACAGAAAAGAGUGGUAACGUGAAGACAUUCAUUGAAAAUGUCUGUCAGAAACUUGGUGAUAAACUGGUCAUUUCCCAGGAUGCUCUUGGUGCUUUCAUGAUCCUGAACAAUGCAGCCCAGGAACAGUUUGCUCACUGGCUCACUGAGUGUGUGAAGGACAUGGCACAGGCUCUUAGAGAGAAGUUUAAAAAAACAAACAUCCAAAUGAAACUGAAAAAUCUUCAUGUGAAGCCCCAGAACGAGCUUUUCACCCAGGAGCUUAGUGAUGACGAUUCAUUUCAUUCACUUAACUGUGAGGAAGCAGAGGACACUCCACCAACACCAUGGCCUGGCAGCAAGGGUGACUGUCAACAGACUGCUGAUGCAAGUGUGCCCUGCCCUCCUUUGAAGUCAACAGUCCAUCAUGUCAGCAGUGAGCCAGUGUCUCUGCAUUUGGACACUCCUGCUGAUGAAGUAGAUAGCUACAUUGUGACCAAGGAGGAUUACGAGGUACCGAAGAAGAAAAGAAGAACAUCUCCAGACACAAAGACACAACUGGAGAGCUUAUUGAAGGAUCUGGGGUUGGAGCACCACUACGUAGAGAAGCUGUCUCUGGGCACAAUACUUCAGAUUGAUGAGAGGACCUUCACUGAUGAACCUGCCAAGUGUAAUUCAGAUCUUCCAUGGCAUUUUCUAAAGAAACUCACAAUGGUUAAUGUGACUGCUAGAAAUGUGAAAUGUACAUCAGCAUGUGAAUCAAACUGUAAUGCUGCUUCAGGAAAUACAGAGUUAGAUCUUGAUGGUCUGUUUGAUAGUCUACAUUCCGGUGACAUGCUAAACCCCCUUGACAUAAUCACUGCUCUCUUUCUGUGUUCUGAUGGUUUUGUACGGCAGGAAAUGGCACUCAAAAUGACUAUGUGUCAGUUUUCUGUGCCUCUGCUGCUUCCUAAUUGCGACACAAAGCAGUGCACACUCAUGCUUUGGGCCAUGAGAGACAUUGUGAAAAAAUACAGACCUCAGUCACUUUCAGAGUCCAAGGGUUUUAUUGAAGACAGGAUUGUUGUCUCUGAACUUCCAAUGAUAUCUUUUGUGAGACUGGGUGAGUGCUCCUUGUCCAAGUCUGAGACCCUCAAUAAGCUUCUGAGCAAUUCUCAGCAGUACCAUGACACCUUUAUUCACCAUAACAUGGAGUGUGGUGACAGUUCAAGAAGAAUAUCCAAUGGAUUGACUGAAGUUACUUGGUACCUUCCUUGUGGAAACAAAAACAUGGAUGUUUUCAGUGAGCCAGUAGCUGUAGCUAACCUUCGUGGGGACAUUGCUUCAUUUGAAACACAAUUUUCUUUUUUGUCUCUGACAUCUGCAGCAGUGUUUGUGUUCUUUGACAAUUUGGACUCUGAGUGCGAGCUGCUUACCAACCAACACCACAAGGCACAGAUCUUCUUAGUGGGCAACCAUCAAAGCCAGUGCUUCAGUAAAGAUGGACUAACUGAGGUAGCAACCAAGUUGGGUUUGACUAACAGUAACAUAAUUUUAAAGGCAAAGCACAUGAAUGAUGCAGACUUCAUCAAACAUCUGCGGAAAACAGUCAGCAAUGUAGUUGAGAACACAAAGAUGAAGAUGGGGAUUGAGCAGAUGGCUGACAUUGCCCAUGAAUUAGGUAUCUUUGUUGAUGAGGACUGUGCAGAGUGCCAGACUGCCAAGAAAAAUGCAGAUGCCAUCACUGGUGAAAUUCAAGACACCCUUAAAUACAAAGAAGCUCAGCUUCCCUUGCAGGGCCAAAUAUGGAAGGAGCUGACUCUCUUAGAGAAGGAAGAAUUUCGCCUUCGAAAAGUUGGGUCUGAAAACAUAGAAAAGUACAAAAGUGAUCUUCAGGUACAGAAAAGAAAACUUCGUGAAAAACAGAAUUCUUGUGACAUGUCAAACGCUAUGUCAUGUUUCAUCAAAGCAAUAUCACAUCCAGGGAUGGAGAGGAGCUAUUUCCUGAAAUGGAUGCGAAUGAACCUCGAUAACCUGUCUCGAGAAAAACUGUCUGGCCUCAGGGAGCAGUACAAAAAGAAAUGCGAAAAUUCUGAAAACAAAGAGGAGAUCAAAGAAAUUGACAGACAACUUUCCAACAGCUCACUGGGGACUGAACACUUCUUCCGUGAAAUGGGUCAGAUCUAUGAAGCUUCAGUUUCCCUUCCAAAGAGACACGUGUCACAUCAACAAUUACAGCAUCUGCCCAAACUAUGUGCUGAAUUGUUGCUUGAUGGAUUUCCCCUUGAGCUUGUAGAUGGAGAUGCAUCCAACAUACCUCUCAGAUGGGUGAGUGACGUUCUCUCUCAGCUCAAUGACUUGGUGUCUCCUAAGAGCAAGAUACUGGUAGUCACAGUUCUUGGAGUUCAGAGCACAGGAAAGUCCACUCUCCUCAACACUAUGUUUGGAGUGCAGUUUGCAGUCAGCAGUGGUCAAUGCACUCGAGGUGCGUUUAUGUUGCUGAUCAGAAUCAAUGAAGAUGUCAAAAAAGAACUCAACUGUGACUUCAUGGUGAUCAUUGACACUGAGGGCUUAAAGUCACCAGAGCUUGCACAGCUGGACAAUAGCCAUGAGCACGACAACGAGCUUGCAACACUUGUUGUGGGGCUGAGUGAUAUCACCAUCAUCAAUAUUGCAAUGGAGAAUUCAACAGAAAUGAAGGACAUCCUACAAAUAGUUGUGCAUGCUUUUCUCAGGAUGAAAGAGGUGGGCAAAAAGCCCAAAUGUCAGUUUGUUCACCAGAAUGUGUCAGAUGUUUCAGCCCAUGACAAGAACUUACGAGACAGGAAACUGCUCUUGCAGCAGCUAAACGAGAUGACCCAGGCAGCAGCCAAGAUGGAAAAGAAAGAGGAGAACAAGAGCUUCACUGAUGUGAUGGAGUACAGUCCCGACACUGGGAACUGGUACAUUCCUGGACUCUGGAAUGGAAACCCACCAAUGGCACCAGUCAAUGCAGGGUACAGUGAGGCCGUUUAUGAGCUCAAGAAGAAC